GCUCCAAUCGCCCACCAUGGAUGCGCAACAGAAUGACGAGCUCUACCCCAUCGCCGUCCUCAUCGACGAGCUCAAGGUCAACAACCCUCGACUCUUUGUAUCCAUGGCCUCGCUUCUGACGCGCUUUAUANNGCAUGACGAUGUCUUGCUCAGACUGAACGCCAUCCGCCGCUUGUCCACCAUCGCCCUUGCUCUUGGCCCCGAGCGCACCAGAGAUGAGCUCAUACCCUUCCUUGAUGGUACUGUCUAUCCGAUCACGCCUGCAUCGCUCGAAAGGCAAUCACUAACCUUCUACAAANNAGAAUCUGUCGAGGACGAAGACGAGGUCUUGACUGCCCUGAGCGACGAGCUCGGUGGUUUCGUCGAGUAUGUCGGUGGCCCAGAGUACGCUCACGUGCUGCUCUCCCCUCUCGAGAACCUCGCCGCCAUUGAGGAACUGCUCGUCAGAGAUAAAGCCGUCGACUCACUCAACAAGAUUUGCGAACAAUUAUCAACCGAACAGAUCGACCAGUACUUCAUUCCCCUGAUCGGCAGACUCUCAAAAGCAGACUGGUUCACCGCAAAGAUUUCAUCCACUGGCGUCUACAAGGUCGCAUACACCAAGACCGAUCCCCAGACACAAGAGUCCCUGAGGCAGGGUUUCGCACAGCUCGUCCACGAUGAUACACCCAUGGUCCGUAGACAGGCAGCUAUCAACUUGGCCAAGUUCUUGCGCGUCAUGCCGCCGAACGUCGUCAUCGAAGAGAUGAUUCCUCUUUUCCAACAUCUCGCAGGCGACGAUCAGGACAGCGUUCGUCUUCUUACCGUCGAAAUCCUGGUUGCCAUCGCAGAGACUGUCCCCAAGGAGCAGCAAUCGAGCCACGGCGUUCUUCUCACUGCACUAAGAAGCCUUUUCGAGGACAAGAGCUGGAGAGUACGCUACAUGGUCGCAGAGAAGUUCGAGAAGAUUGCCAAGGCUGUUGACGAUGAGGUUGUCAGCCGUGAUCUUGUUCCCGCCUUCAUCAAGCUCCUCAAAGACACCGAGGCCGAGGUGCGAACUGCCAUCGCCGGUCAAAUCCCUGGAUUCUGCGCCCUCAUCGAGAGAGAUGUGCUGCUCCAGGAGGUCAUGCCCGCAGUUGAGGAGCUUGUCUCGGACUCUUCGCAACAGGUGCGCGCCUCGUUCGGUACCCAGAUUAGUGGUCUGGCUCCCAUCCUCGGCAAGCAGGAGACCACCGAGCACCUUUUGCCCAUGUUCCUCCAGAUGCUCAAGGACGAGUUCCCCGAUGUCCGUUUGAACAUCAUCUCCAAGCUCGAGCUUGUCAACGACGUCAUCGGUAUCGAACUCCUGUCGCAGUCGCUCCUCCCUGCCAUCGUCCAGCUCGCAGAAGACAAGCAGUGGCGUGUCAGACUGGCCAUCAUCCAACAUCUUCCUCUUCUAGCUUCUCAGCUCGGUGUCAAAUUCUUCGACGAGAAGCUUUCCAGCCUCUGCAUGUCUUGGCUUGGUGACACUGUCUUCAGCAUCCGCGAGGCCAGCACCCAGAACCUCAAGAAGCUUACAGACGUUUUUGGUGUGCAAUGGGCCAACGAGGCUAUCGUCCCCAAGGUUGUUGCUAUGGGCGGCCACCCUAACUACCUGUACCGCAUGACCACUUGCUUUGCAGUUUCGUCCAUCUUCCCCAUCCUCUCAAACCUUGUGAACGACCAGAUCCCCAACAUCAGAUUCAACGUCGCAAAGUCAUAUGCAGUAUUGAUCGACGUCCUCAAGCGUCUGCCUGAUACCGAGUCAACAGUCCUGUCGCUCGAAAAGACGGGUAAGACUGCAUCAGGAAGUCCCCAGGGUGACCAGCUUAUCCGGGAACAAAUCAUGCCUAAUCUGGAAAAACUCAUGACUGACGACGAUGUCGAUGUGCGCUUCUUCGCAAGCCAGGCGGCCAAGAGCUACAGCGACGCCAUGCAAUCA